AUGGAAUUUUCUUCUAUUUCUUAAUCUAUUAUUAAAGAUCUUUUAAUUGGAACACUAUAAUUUAAAUUAUCUAAAAGAAUUCAUUUCAAAGAUAUAGCAAAACUUUUUGGAUGUCAUUAAGAUAUGAUUAAUUUUUAUUCUUCUUCUAAAAAAUACAGAUAUAGAUAAAAUAUUAUUGAUCAAAAAAUCUUCUUUAGAGAAGCUAGAUAAAAUUCCACUUAUAUUAUUACUGACACUGCUUUAAUGUAAUCCUUAAUCUUUUCACCAUAUUAAUCAUAAGAUAAUAUACAAUUCUAGCCUCAAGAACCUUUAAGGUAAAGUAUUAAAAUAAGAAUUGUUGAAAACACUUAUAUGAGGAAUUUAAAAAGUUUAGAAAUUAGUAAAUUUUAAUUUUUUUAAAUGAUCUUAAGAUAUUAAAAGAAUUUGAUAUAAGUGUAGCUCCAGAAAUCUUUUUAGUAUUGUAGCACUUAAUUUUGGUUAAAUUUACUUUAAUAUGCAUUUAAGAAAACAAUUAGAAGAUCUCUACAAAUGAAGAAGAAAUUAAAGAUUGGAGAAUAUUUAGAGAUUUAGCAUAAAAGGAAAUUGCAAAAGAUAUCUAAUAAUUAAAAGAUAAAAAUGAAAUUUUUCUAGUCUCUUAUAAUAGAGAGGCUGAAUUAAUUUAAGCAGAAUAACAUAUUUAAAAUAAUAAAUAAGAAAAUUAUUAAUUCUUAAUUUUAUAAUUAGCUAAAAUUAAAUAAUUUAAUUAUUCAUUAAGUGCUGAAGAAGAUCGAAAGAAAUUUCUUGAUGGGUAUAGAACUUAAUUAAUGAAAAUGAAAAUUUAGAUUUUAUAACAACUUUCCUUAAGACUUUUUAACGCAGAUCAAGUUUAUUGUUGUGUGCAUUUGCAGAUAUAUUUUUAAACCUUAAUUGGAAUGUCAUAAAAAAUUUUUGAAACAUUGAAAAUAACAAUGCUCAGCAAAUACGAAUAAUUUGAAGAAUCCCUAAAAUCCUCCGAAUUCUAACAAUCAGAAUGGUUCAAAGACACUAUCAUUUAUUUAAUGAAUCAUAGACUAAACAAAUAAUAUCAAUUUUUUUUGAUUCAAUUAUUAUGA